AGCUGUCUUAAAGGGAGAAAGGGGGAGACCUAAGAAAAAAACGCGAAAGCUCCCGAAAGCAAAGACGCGGAAAACAAUAAAUUGCGAAGAACUCUUACAACUCUCGAAGGGAAACGAUCUUUGUCCGUACGAGAGAGUUUUGAUUUGAAGAAUCUUGAUUGAUAAGGGAAGAACAUUUUCUGGGGUUUCGAAGAAUUCUCUCGGUUGCGAUUCCAACAGAUUGAGCGAUUUGGGAGAGUACCAUCCAACGGAGAUGGCAGUUUAUGAUCAAAGCAGAAACGUGGUUAAAUCUCAAACGGAUACUUCGAGGAAGAGGAAAUCGAGGAGUAGACGAGACGGCACGACAGUGGCCGAGCGAUUGAAGAGGUGGAAAGAGUACAACCAGAACAUAGAAGCUUCUACUGAAACCGAGAAACCGAAACGUAAAAUGCCCGCAAAAGGGUCGAAGAAAGGGUGUAUGAAAGGGAAGGGAGGACCCGAAAACACUCGCUGUAACUUCAGAGGGGUUAGGCAAAGAACUUGGGGAAAAUGGGUAGCUGAGAUUAGAGAGCCUAAUAGGGUUAGUAGACUGUGGCUCGGCACUUUCCCGACAGCUUACGAGGCCGCCAUCGCUUACGACGAAGCUGCAAAGGCAAUGUACGGACCCUUAGCUCGUCUGAAUUUCCCUCGGCCCGCGGUUUCAUCUUGUUCUUGCGGCUCUGACAUCGCAAGUUGCACGUCGAAUGAGUCAGAGGUUAGCAUGUUGGAAGAUAGUAAGGCGGUUCCUAGUGGUGUCCGUGUGAAGCAGGAGGAUGGUGAGGUGGAUAAUGGUGCGGGUUCGGGUUCGGGUUCGGAAGAGAUGAAGAGGGAGGCGAAACGAUAUAUGCCCGAGCAUGAUUGGCUGAGCAAGAUUGAGUUAGAGUAUUGGAACAGUGUUCUGAAGGAGAAAGAGAAGGAACGACAGUCAGAGUCACUGACUGUUGCUGAUCACGGUUGUCUGGACAAGACAAGAACUGAUCAGAACUGCCGGAAUGAUGUCUCCGCCGAGGAGAUGUUUGACGUGGAUGAGCUUCUCGGUGACAUCAACGAGAACACGCUUCCAUGGCCGAGCUUCCAAGAACAAGACAUGGUUGCCGAUGAAUCAGUUAUCUCAAAGAGGGACAGAACACAGUCGGACAUGGCUAAUCCGCUGCGAAGCCAAGAUUGGAGACUUCCAAAAGUUGAGGCAGAGGGUUCGGGCAUUGAUUAUGAUUUGCCAUUGCUUGAAGAGGUGAAUCCUCAGGAUGGGCACGACAUGUUCGAGUUCAGUUUCCUGGAAGAUGAACAUGUUCUUGAUCAUGAGAGCUGACUCGUAAGGGGAACGAUCCUUGCAAUGUAAACGAAGCAGACAACAUAGGAAAGAGAUGCGACAACUCCAAUGGAGAGGAGGACAUGAACGUAUAAAGAUUUCUUUUUUUUUUUCGAGUUUUUUUCUUAAUACGUUUAUUCAUUGUUCCUUUUUACACACGUAGAAUAUGAUAAAAUCCAACGUUAACAAGUAAUGGGCUUAUCAAAACUGAUGGGCCAUUGCAAGCCUGGGUUUUUCGAAA